UGGAUAGCGAGCUACGCGCUCCAUCGCGCCACGUCCGCAUUUUCUCUUUCUUUCCCUCGCGUCUUGCCUCAUGAUUCCUCUCCAAGACCACCGUUUGAUCCCAAAGCCCUCGCCAUUUCUCCAAAUCUCGGCUUCCCAUGCUCCAAACCCUCACCAAAAAUGUUUCCCAACCCAAAAGAUCGUACCUUUUUUCAAAUUCUAUACUUCCCACUUCCCAAAUUCUCUCACCAUCCGAGUUUCCGCCCAAAAGACUGCACCUUUCUCGAAAAUUUUACCUUACCAUCUCCAAAUUCCUCUUCAGGACUCGGUGUUCAUGAACAAUCCUUGGAAAUUUCACCACUCUCUUGCUAUCAUGGCUGCCGUUUCUUUCCCAUUCCCUUCCUUUGCCGCCGAAACAGAGCUUUCUGCUUCAGAUAAGAUCAAUAUCGAAGCAAUUGUUAUCUCGAUCGAUGAUUUCUUCAACCGGAACCCAUUCUUCGUCGCUGGAGUCACGUUCAUUUGGCUGGUCGUAAUACCGCUGACCCAAGGGUAUCUAAAGAAGUACAAGUACAUCAGCGCCAUUGAUGCUUUUCGGAAGCUAAGGGAUGUGCCCAAUUCACAGCUGCUGGAUAUUAGGAAUAAGCAGAGCGUUCAGUUCAUAAGUUCACCCAAUUUGAAGAUUUUUGAUAAGGAUGUGGUUCAGGUGGAGUUCGCUGAAGGGGAAGAAGAGGGCUUCGUGAAAGAGGUUGUGAAGAAGUUUAGGGAUCCUGGGAAUACCAUUAUUUGUGUUCUUGACAACUUUGAUGGCAAUUCCUUAAAAGUGGCUGAACUUUUGUUCAAGAAUGGUUUCAAAGAGGCAUAUGCAAUCAAAGGUGGACUCAGAGGGAAGGAUGGAUGGCAGGCUAUUCAAGAAACCUUGCUUCCACCAUCCGUGCAUGUUUACCCAAGAAAGAAGAGCAAAGCAACAAAUCCCUCUGGUGUUAACAGUCAAAGGACAGAUGAGCAGAACAAUGAGAAUGGUUGGGCACUGGCCUCUUCAAGCAUUCAUCAGGACAAGAACCAGAAUACAGGAAAUGAUCACAUAGACUCUGUGGAAACUGCUUCAGAAGCAAAACUUGCUCCUGAGAGACCUUUGUCACCAUACCCAAAUUACCCCGACUUGAAACCACCCUCUUCUCCAACUCCUUCAAAGCCAUAAAUAUUUUUUUGAGUGAUGAUGUGCAAAGGUUCGCUGCUGGAUGAGAGGAGGAGCCAUCACAUGCAUGACGCCAAAUUCUUCUCCACCACCACCAUAUAUUUGAGCAUUUGUCAUGGGCAUGAACGGCUAGAAAGCUAUUUGGAUUGAGGGUUUGCUUGGUUGCGUGCAGCUUCACUUACUUCCAAUAAAAUUUGCAGUUGAAAAUAGAAAUUGGAUUGAGGGUUGCUUGGUUGUGUGCGGCUUCGCUUGCUUGCGAUAAAAUUUGCAGUUGAAAACGGAAAUGCUGCAGUUGCAUUUGUGGGUAUCUUCUUAGUUUGCCUGUGAUUGUGGGAACACUUCUUUUUUAUCUGGAUGCCUGCACCCAACUAUUGUAAUGGCAAAAGUUUUGUUUGAUUGUUUGAUGCUAGCUCUACUACUAAUCCACUAAGAUUGCUCUUUCAGAAACAAUAAACUGUGUACUUAUUUGUACAGGAUUUAGCAUUUUAUUUCUACGAUAUAAUCAUGUCAUUCCAAUGCUUUAUUCUAAUAACAGUAUUCCUUUAUUUUCU